AUGGCUUACACCGUGUUGAUCACUGGAGCGAAUCGAGGCAUUGGUAGAGACUUAUUGAAGCUCUAUCUAAACCUUCCGCAAACCACUGCCAUUGCGGCUGUGCGUAAUCUUGCCCAUCCUUCUGUCGAUGACAUUCGCAGUCUGCCAGUUGCAUCUGGGUCUCGUCUCAUUGUAGUCAAGAUUGACAGUGCUUUCCUGGAAGACCCGAAGGACGCAGUCACGGUUCUGCGGGAUGAGCAUGGUAUCACUCAGUUAGACACGGUCAUCGCCAACGCAGGGAUUGGCAAAGACUGGAGCCUUGUGGCCCAGACUGACAUUACCGAGGUAGAAGACCAUUUCAAGAUCAACUCUGUCGGCCCCUUUACCUUGUACCUUGCGACACGAUCUUUGCUCCUGGCUUCAGCAAACCCGAAAUUCAUCGUCUUGUCCACAGAGCUUGGAAGCAUUGGACUUCAGGGUGAGAGGAAGAUCCAGGAUGUAGCUUACGGCAUGUCCAAGGCGGCUGUCAACUUUUUCGUCGGAAAGCUUCACCAUGAGGAGCCAAAGUUGACUGCGUUCCCCAUUCACCCAGGAUGGGUUAAAACCAGCCUUGGAAACGCAAUUGCAGAGACCCUGGGUAUGAAGGAGGCUCCCACCACACAGGAGCAGAGUGCGGCUGGGAUCUUCGAGCAGGUUGAGAAGUCCACCAAGGCAGAGACGUCGGGCCGCUUUAUCACUUUCGAAGGCAAGGAUAUCCCGUGGUAG